AUGGAUCCGAUUCGAUUGCAGCCCUCAAAAUAUGGUUGUCUACCGCUUGAGACGCGAAAAAGGGUGAAAUUACGUACACCGGUCUACGAUUCUGAUUUGACUUAUGGGACCCAGCACAGAGAUGGCUUGUUGUUCAGCUUGGCUCUCUAUGAUGUCAACAACAGCAAGAACAAAAUGAGAGAGCUUUACGCAGCUGUUCCGGGGGUCCGGCAAAGUAUGCUGGGAGUUCAUGCAAAGAGAUUUGGAGAGAAGUAUCAGCACAUGCAGGUGACAAGAAGUCGAACAAAUUCCCGUGUGAACUCAACUCAUGGAUCGACUGAAGAUCUUUUCAGCCUUGACUCAUCCGAAAAACUUGAUUCGUUGAACAAUGAUUUGCUAGACGACGCGGUUGUUUCGGCUUUUGUUGAAACACCAGCUCAGAAGCAAAGAGUGAUCAACGUCUCAAACGCUCCUCCAGUCUCGAUCAAUAGACGGAGCAGCGGUUGCUGGGAGAUCAAGCAAGGAUCUGGUGGCUUGGUGGCCUGCGUGGAUCCGGUGAUGUCUGUGGAUAAAGAAAAUAUUUGGCUCGCGAAUCUUGGAAUCAAUCCACAAGCUGAUGACUCUUCUGACGAGGAUCCUCCACCAAGCACCAAUUCACUGGGUCUUCCGUUGAUCAAACAAGCUCGAGCUGGUGAAAUCUUUCACGUUCUCGAGGAGAACUCAGCGAACAAGGCUGAAACGGAACAACAAGCUCAAGUCGAAAGAGAUAUGUCUUUGCUUUCCGUCCUUCAUGACUACAACAAGACAAACUAUCAGCUAAAUCCCGUAUUCGUAAAUCAAGAUGAUUAUAAUGCUUAUUAUGGAGGGAUUUCAAAUGGAAUCCUCUGGCCAGCUUUGCACAAUCUUCCUCAAUACAUUGCACAAGAUUACGAUGAUUUAAGGAUUCUUGAUGAGCAUUGGUGUUCGUAUGUUCGUGUCAACCUUCAAUUUGCUAUCAACGCAGCAAGAAAUAGUCGACCUCAGGACUUCAUUUGGAUUCAUGAUUAUCAUUUGAUGCUUGUUGGGCAAUUGAUGAGAUCACUGGAUUCGGAUUUGGAGGUCGCCUUCUUUCUACAUAUCCCAUUUCAACCACCAGAUGACUUUAUGACAAAAUAUCGAGCCGUCGCUGAACCAAUUCUUCGAGCGAUUUUGAGAUUUAAAAAGGUGGGAUUUCAAACGGAUCGUGAUCGUCGUAAAUACAUCAGCCUUGUCGAGAAGCAUAUCCCAAGAGCUCGGAUUCAAUAUGAAGAGACGGUUGACAUUUUCACCGUCAACUAUGAGGCAAACGCUGCCUGUUCCCUCGGAGUUUUCCCCGUUUCAAUCAAAAAUGAGGAUUUUCUUGGCAUUGCCACUCAAGAUCAAACAAAAAUCCUUUCAAUGGAUAUUCGGAAAGAAAUUCUUUCAAAUUCUCCCGAUGGCGGUCGAUUCUUUUUCUCCGUUGAGCGCUUUGAUUACACAAAAGGAAUCAAAGAAAAGCUGACUGCUUGGAGGAGAUAUUUUGAAAAAUAUCCGGAUCGAAUCGGUAAAGAUGUUCUUUUGCAAAUUGCUGUUACGAAUCGAAGAUCGGUCGACUCGUAUCGG